UUGAAGUUGUUGGAAUAUCGUCCUGCUUUAUAUAAAGUUAAGAAAAAACAAAUAAACCGAAAUAUUUUUGUCUUGUUUCAUAAUUGCUGUUAAAGUCGUUGAUUGAAAAUGCAAGUUUUGGUCACAGGUGACUCUGGGUAUAUGGGAUCUUAAGUUGUUGAAAGAAGUGGGAAACGGAUUAAAAUCAGCAGGCCUGGGGCUUUUACAAUCUUGAAUAACCUACAUUUGCCUAAGCAUACGUGAUGGAUGAACAAUUUGCAAAGAAAUCCAUCGAAACAUUCAACUUGAAAAACAUACAGAACCGUUGGUUUAUAGAAGCUGGUGGAAAGUUGCAACACUUGUAUAUUUUGAAUAAUGUCGAGAGUGUUCAUAUGGAAGAGAAUGUUAUAUUCGCAGACGAGUCCAUGUACAAAGUGAUUGUGAGAGACAACGGAGAAUUAAAAAUUGACAAAAUUGAAGAUCUUUGCAAGAGUAUUGGUCAAGAAAAAGUACAACCGGAUAAGGAGCAACACUCUGAGGAUUAUGAUGAGGAGGAUUCCGACUGUAAUAGUGAAGGUGUCGCACAGGAUAGCAAAGCGGAGGUGAUGUAUAAGGGGUAA